AUGCCUCCAGUUAGAACAGCCAAGGUCAACUCUGCUGCAGAUGCACCAGCUCCUGGUCUUGAAACGCCAAAGAAGAGACUUCUCAAACCAGUCUCUAAAGGUGUCAAGACUGCCACUUUUGACUGGAGUACCAGGGAGUGGGACGGCUUAUACCAUCGAUCAAUCGGAACUGCUACGAGGAUUAUUCACUUCGGACAUCGCUUUGUCUUGACUGACGAACAUAUUGAAGACAUUGCAGUCCUGGCUCGUCCAGUUCGUGAAAAGAUCACACAGUUGUCGUUCAGGUACUCAGAUGUCAGUUACGACGCAACAAACGACGCCAGAGCGGUCACGAACCAAGGAGCUCUCCGUUUAACCAAGGUUUUGCCCAACCUAAAGGUCCUUAAACUGCAAGGCACAGCAGAAAUCACUGACGACGGUAUCACUGCUUUCCUCAAGAACUUGCGCAGUCUUCAGAUUCUUGAAGUCACUGGCACAAUUGGCAUGUCCGAGAUGCCCAGUGGCGAGCUGUUUGAUGAAUUCCUCCAACAUCCCGAGUGGGCUCCCGAUUUGAGAUCGCUUGCUAUCAAGGAUAAUUAA